AGUUGUUCCCUUCAGUGUCGGCAAUAUCAAGAGCACAAACAGAGGAGGCCAAGGCAGAAGCAAUGGAGCAGGUCUUCGCCGGGCUAAAACUUCUGGAGGAGGCCUUUCAGAAAUGCAGCAAAGGGAAGGGCUUCUUUGGAGGUGACACCAUCGGGUACGUGGACAUCGCUCUUGGGUGCAUCUUGGCGUGGUUAAAGGCAACAGAGAAUAUGACAGGCAUCAAGUUUUUUGAUGAGGCGAAAACCCCACUCUUGGCACAAUGGGUGGAGAGAUUCUGUGCCAAUGAUGCUGUGAGGGGGGUGGUGCCAGAGACCGACAAGAUGGUGGAAUUUGCCAAGAUGCUUCAGGCUAAGUUUAAGGCUGCUGCUUCUGCGAAGUGAAGGCAUUUUGUUUCAGUAUCUAGUUGUUAGUAGAUGAUGCCUUUGAGGAAGGGUGACAGGAUUAUCUGUAGAGGAAAUGAGAAGAAAAAGAUAAUAUGAAAUGAUUGAUGUUUAACUAUGUUUGACUAUAGGGGUUGCUCAUUAAUAAUAUAUUAUCUUUUCUAUUUCUUUUUAUAAA